AUGCGUCUCUCUGUACCCAUUUUCUUUCUGCUGUGGGUUAAAGCCCUGACAUUGAAAAAUCUCAAUUAUUCUGUCCCGGAGGAGCAAGGACCUGGCACUGUUAUAGGCAAUAUAGCAAAAGAUGCCGGAUAUGGGACCAUGGAGAGAGGGAAAAAAUCUAACUUCAGAGUGCUGGAGAAUUCUGCACCACAUCUGGUGGACGUUGACCCGGAGAGUGGACUAAUCUUCACCAAACAAAGGAUUGACAGGGAAACGUUAUGCAGGCGCAACCCAAAGUGCCAGCUCUCUAUGGAGGUGUUUGCCAACGACAAGGAAAUAUGCAUGAUCAAGAUUGAUAUACAGGACAUCAAUGACAACUCGCCCAGUUUUCCUUCAGAUCAUGUUAAUAUUGAUAUUUCUGAAAACGCAGCUGCUGGCACACGCUUCCCUCUGACUAUUGCACAUGACUCAGAUUCUGGGGAGAAUGGGAUAAAGACCUAUCAGGUCACGAGAGAUGAUUACAAUACCUUUUCUUUGGAUUUAAAAGUGAGGGGUGAUGGGACUAUAUAUCCAGAGCUGGUGGUCCAGAGACCUCUGGAUAGAGAGGAUCAGAGUCAUCACACCCUUCUCCUCACAGCAAUUGACGGCGGGGAGUAUCCAAGAUCAGGCUCCAUGCAAAUUAACGUCAGAGUGACUGAUUCCAAUGACAAUAGCCCAGUUUUUGAAAAAUCUUCCUAUGUGAUCGAGAUUCCAGAGAAUUCGCCUCCUGGGAAAGUACUUAUAGAUUUGAAUGCCACUGACCAAGAUGAGGGGAGCAACGGGCAGGUGGUCUAUUCCUUCACUGGAUAUGCAUCUGAGAGAAUCCAAGAUUUGUUCUCUAUUGACCCCAAUACUGGCGUCAUCAAGGUCCAGGGAGAAAUUGACUAUGAAGAGAAUCCAAUCAUAGAGUUUGACGUCCAGGCUAAGGAUCUGGGGCCCAACCCGAUCCCAGGCCACUGUAAAAUUACUGUGAAAGUGCUUGACAAGAAUGACAACUCGCCAAUAAUAAGUUUUGUUUCUGUCCGGCAGGGAGCCAUCAGUGAGGCAGCACCUCCAGAAUCUGUCAUAGCACUGGUCAGAGUGACAGAUAAAGAUUCUGGCCGUAAUGGUCAACUUCAGUGCCGGGUGCUGGGAAAUGUACCGUUCAGACUGCAGGAAAACAAUGAUAAUUUUUACACACUGCUCACUGACAGACCUCUGGACAGGGAAAUGAAAGAUGAAUACAAUGUAACAAUAGUGGCGAGAGACAAUGGGAUCCCUUCUUUGAACUACACUAAGUCGUUUACUGUGAAAAUCUUGGAUGAGAAUGACAAUGCGCCACGCUUUACAAAGACUAUGUAUCUGCUACAGGUGCCUGAGAACAACAUCCCAGGGGAGUAUUUGGGCUCCGUUCUGGCCCACGACCCAGAUGUAGGUCGAAAUGGAACUGUGUCGUACUCCAUUCUGCCGUCGCAUAUAGGAGAUGUUUCCGUGUACACCUAUGUGUCUGUUAAUCCCACCAAUGGAGCCAUAUAUGCCUCACGCUCUUUCAACUAUGAGCAAACAAAAUCCUUUGAGUUCAAAGUUCAGGCUAAAGAUGGAGGAUCUCCUCACAUGGAGAGCACCUCUACAGUCAGGGUCAAUGUUCUUGACGUCAACGACAAUCUCCCAGUUAUCAUUUUACCCCUCCUGCAGAAUGAUACAGCUGAAAUCCCAGUGCCUAGGAACGUAGGUAUUGGAUACAUCGUGGCGACAGUGAAAGCGGUGGACCACGACCACGGAGAAAGUGGCCAUUUGACCUACGAGAUCACGGAGGGAAAUGACGACCACCUGUUUGAGAUGGAUCCGGUGGGAGGAGAGGUCAGGACUGCCCACGCUCUUUGGGAAGAGGUCGCCCCUGUGGUUGAGCUGGUGGUGAAGGUAACUGACCAUGGCAAGCCCCCCUUAUCUGCCGUGGCUAAGCUGAUCAUUAGGGCGAACACAGAAACGGCGCCGGGUGGGGGUUCCAGCGCGAGCGGGGAACAGCAGCACUGGGACGUAUCCCUGCCCCUCAUAGUUACCCUCUGCAUUAUCUCUGUCAUGCUCUUAGCAGUCAUGACCGCCAUCGCUGUCAAGUCCAAGCAUCAAGAUAAGGAGACUGGGAAUUAUAACUGCCGCAUGGCUGAGUACUCCAAUCCUCCAGUGGGGAAGGGCAAAAAGAAAAGGAUCAACAAGAGUGACAUCAUGCUGGUGCAGAGUGAGAUGGAGGAGAGAGAUUCUGCGAGCCGGAUGAAUGUGGUGAGCAGCCCCUCACUCAUCACUUCGCCAAUAUGUUUUGACUACCAGAGUCCUCUGCCGCUCACACUGCCCAGGUCAGAAGUCAUGUACCUGAAAACCACCCCAAACAGCCUGACAGUCCCCAGGGCAGGUUGCCACUCCAGCUUUGCCGGGCUUAGCACAGACACUCCAGCGAAUAGGAUGUCAGUGAUACAGACAGAAAAUUUUCCCUCAGAGUCCAAUUACGCUGGCAGCAGGCAACCAUUUGUUCAAAGCUCAACAUUUAAGGAUGCAGAACGAGCAAGCCUCCGAGACAGUGGCCAUGGUGAUAGUGACCAGGCUGAUAGUGACCAGGAUACUAAUAAAGGCUCACACUGCGACACGUCUGCCAGGGAGGCCCUCAAGAUGAAAGCAACAGCAGUUAAUGGCCAGCCUUUUGAGCAGGAGCAAGACAAAUCAGUCCACUGCACGGAUGAAUGUCGUGCACUGGGACAUUCUGACAGAUGCUGGAUGCCAAAGUUACGGGUAGGAAGCCAAGCAGACAGCGCCGAUAAUCGCACCAACCUUUUCAUCCCUGUGGGAAUGGAUGCCAUGGUAGAGACAGAGAUUUAUGGCACCAUCAGCUGCAGCAGCAGAAAAACCCUCAGCACGUUUGGAAAGGAACAGCGGGACAGUACAAUCCUCGUGGCCAAUGUCAAACCUUACUUAAAAUCGCAGCGUGCACUAAGCCCACCGCUACAGGAAAGUCCAUCCGCGUCCAGUAGUCCCAGCAAGAGUAGUAUGCCCCUGGACUUGGCCAACCAUGAGUCCAAAGAAGAGAGGGAGGGGGGUUCAGACAGCAGUGCCUAUGGCCCACCAGAUGGCCAGUGCUCCCCACUGCACACCGAAUUGGAGGAGCCCUCCUACCUGACCUGUGAGCUCAGGCCUAAGUCCCUGUCAAGCGGUCUCAUUCACAGCUCUGUCAUCAGCCAAGAGUGUGGGGGGUCAGAUUAUGUCCUCGACCCGCGGGACUCCGGUAACUGA